AUGCAAGUUUGUCUGAGUCAUUUGGGUGCUGGGAGUGUUAGCCGGGAACAGGGCAGGAAAUUGCAGCGGUAUUUGAAAGGAGUGUUGUUGCAAAGUAAUGGUUUGGGUCGUUUGCUUUUGGAAAGAUUAGAAGCGGAUGGUCGGAGUAAUUGUGGACGGGGAAGUAACCGUACAAUCAGUGGGGGAGUAGAGAAUGAAAUUUGUACAAUGUUUGGUGAUGGUCGGUUCUUAUCUGUUGCUUUGAUUCCUGAAGGUGUACAGCCCAUUAAAGUGCUGGAUUUAGCUCUACAGAUGGAAGAUAGGCCUGGAUUUGUGCGGCCUUUAUCAUUGGUAUACCAGCCGCAGUUAGAACAGUGGCAGGGGAAUGGGUUAGAGUACCAAGUAGGUGGUGGACAUAGUAGUGGUAGGUAUAGUAGUGGUGGGAGUUUAAGUGAGUCUUGUGAUACGGUUGGAGUGAUUGAAGUUUCGGCGACUGGAAUUACUUGUUGGUCGAGUAGUGGAGGGCCGAGUCAGAAAGUGGAGGGUCGAAUUGGGCCUUGUUCUGUCUAUGGUGCUAAUACUCUGGCUAAUGAGCAGUUGGGAGUGUGUAUUUCGGGAACGGGCGAGAGUUUAAUUAGGAGUGGUAUUUGUCGUAAAGUAGCUGAACGAAUUAGUAGACAUGAAUUUGAAGAGAUUAAAGAUGAUUUAGUUGAGUUUAUGGCUAAGGAAUCGGAAUUUCCUUAUUUGGGAGGUGUAGCGAUUUGCCGUAAAGAUAAGAAUAGUUUGUUUUUGAUUCACUUUCAAACGGCUGAGUCUUUUAUUUAUGGCUAUCUGGUUAAUGGGUUAGUCCAUACCCAGUACCAUUUUCAAGACCGAGGCGUACCAUACGUGUCUGUGUCUAUUUUGAGUUGA